AUGACUCAACUCUUUUGGGAUCUUCUCCUCGAGUAUCCUCCUACUUCCGCUUCCAUUCUCGGACCGCCGGAACAUGACACUUUCGAAACUUAUAACAGAAAACGUCAAGAGUUUUUACUACAGACACACACGGAAAAUCUCCUCAGCAUGUCUAGAAGGCACACGUCACAGUUGUUGGCAUUAAGGGAGGAGAUAAUAAGCAGUUUCGACGAUGACUAUGUCUGUGGAAUAAAAAAUGAGAUAAAAAUAAAAAGCGUUUGCGAAGGACACAAUGAUAAAACUGGUGAUGAGGGAGGUGGACAUCAACUGGAUAACGAUAGAAAUAGACGGGAUGAUUUGAUCGAGGACGAAAACGACUACGACGCGGUAGUCGAUAUGGAAAUUGAUGAUGAUGACGACUUCGAAGCUCAGGCCAUUGAAAUUGUUGGUAGUACCGGAAACCAAAGUCUUAAUCAGUCAUUGCCGGAAACCCAACAAGACCGUCAAUCACAGGGCGAAUAUAUUCACACUCGGUCUUCUUCUUCUGAAAUAUCUUCCGAACACGCUUCUUCUCAGAGUUCCCCACAAUGUCGCUACUCUCAUAUCGGUUAUAGUUCUCCGACGAUGGAAGCAAUCUACGACGUCUGGACUAAACAAUAUGCUCUUCUUCGCAUUAACCAACGCUCGCAAUACGAAAAGCUCCGAAUUCGUUACCUAAAAGAAACCAUCGCAAUAGAAAAAAUGAUCAUCCAAUCGCACAAGACGAGUGUGAGCAGAGUUUGUAAGGAGGCAAAGAAAGAGAGAGAACGAAAAGACGAGGAACUUGACGAAAGGAUGGAAAAGAAAAAGUUGGAGAAAAAGAGAAAAUAUGAAGAGGGACGUGAAUCCAUCGACAUGAUGGAUGAGGAUCCAGUAAAGAGAAUCAAAACUCAGGACACUGAUAAAACUUCUGAAAUGACUGCCAAGGUCAAAACGGCAUUGGAGGACGUUGUCGAGAUUGACGAGGAUAAUGAUGUUAUAAUUUGCGAUACUCGAGAGCAGAGUAUAGAUGAUAUAAUGGUUGUGAAUAUCAAGAAAGAAAUAGAUGAUGAAUUCAUUAACGAUCAUCUCGAGAAGCAGGCGACAGAUGAUAUAAACGAAGAUGCCGCGGAUUUGUCUUCAUUAAAAUACAUAAUAACAGAUUUCAAAGACAUAAAUCCAGAGAAAUGCAUGCGUCUCAAGAAGCGGAUGGCAGAUAGCGACGAUAAUGGAAUUAUCAAGAGUGAAUUGCCAAUCGAUGAUUUGGUAUACAAUUCAUGUGACAAAAUCAAUUCGAGGGAAUGCGCAGAGUAUGACACUACUUAUAGUAUGGAAGAUUGCGAUACAAAGGAAAUAGACUUGGGAUACGAGUGCGAGAAAGACAAUAGAAGUAAACAAGUUGGGGGAAAUAAUACGAGAAGUGAGACGGGAAAUGCGGAGAAUGUAGGAGAUGAGAAUGGUAGAAGGGACGAGGAUAAUAUAACAAAUAGGGAUGAUACGGGAAAUAAUGACAUUAUAAGGGACAUGCAUAACACGGUGCACAUGAAUAACAUGAAUAAUAGGGUGGGCAUGGAUAUGGGGAGUUUGGGCAAUGCGGAAAAUAUGAACAUUGUUGAAAACAGGGAUAUUGAGAACAAUAUGGACACUGUGGAUAACACGGAUAAUGCGAGUGUUGUGGAACAAUCGAAUGUUGCGGAAAAUACCGGUAUUACGAUGGGUAUUAUGGAUUUUAAUACGGGAGUCUACCAGUAUGAAGAAAGCUCAAGAGGACCACCAAAUCGACCUCGCGAGACAGCUGUCGCGGCUCCGCAAUUGUUUGUAAAUCAAACCUAUAAUAUCCAAAAUAAUUCACAGUUAAACAACCGUCCGAUAUUUUCACAAUUUUCCAUAAACCCAUCCCAAAAGCCAACGCAACCAUCGACAACGCCUUCUCGUAAACUACCAUAUCCGACACCGGGAUCGAUGGUUUUACCUUCUCAGAUGUCUUCAUACACGCCGGCGACACGACCGAACCUGUCUUCUAAUGUACCAUCACAUAUGAUGCUACAGCAGAUUCCACCUCAGGGACUACCGUGCCCGACGCGGCGGCCCAUUACAUUUCCAUUGCGCGUACCCCCAUACGCGGCGACACGGCAAACUGUCUCUCCGUCACCAUUUACAGUUCCUCGAACGCCAUCGCAAUACGCGAUAACAAAUCCACCCUUCUCGACGACGCAGCAUCCGACGAAUUUAUCCUCUCAAACACCAUCGUACGUGAUACCGCAACCGCCAAUGGCAACCUACAUGACAUCGCAGCCAUUGAUCUCCCCAUCAUCGCGACGAAAUGUUUCGAAUCUUACUCUCAAUAUUCCUCAAAAUCAGCUUUGUCAUGGAUGGACUGUCCCUUCAACUGUCCCUUCAACUGUUCCUUCGACUGUUUCUUCGACUCCAAAUUCAUCGCCCGUUACGCCUCAGAAUGCAGUUUAUCACGCGGUAUCCGGACAAUUAAAAGGUUUCGAUAAUUUAAUUAAUGGGUUUCCAAACACAACACAAAACCCGGAAUAG